GACAGGCAAAAAUCCCUCCCAUCAAAACAGGGGGGGCCGGACCUCACUGUACAAAAAGGGAUCAAAUUUAAUAUUAAUGAAGUCGCGCAUUGGCUCCCAGCUCGCGUCAAUCCCGCUGCGCAACUUCUGUAGGCUGGCAGAAUAAAUUCAAUAUUAUUUCUAAGGAGGAGGAGGGAGAGAGAAAGAGAGAGAGAGAGAGAGAGAGAGAGCAGGGUAAAAGUACUAAAAAAAAAAAAUGUUGCCGCUCCACAACAUCGGGACGGACUGAAUGGAGGCUGACAGCGAGCGGAGAUAAUAAAUCCGGCUACAGUGAACCGCGACACACACCGGUAAGCGAGGCGAGGAGAUACAAGAGCGGCUUGUUGACUUCUCCGUAAACGUCCAGCCCUCGGCCUCCCCAUGCCUCCAUCUCCCCUCGACGACAGAAUUGUGGUGGCGCUGCCAAGGCCGAUCCGACCUCAGGAACUCCAACUGCGCCUGGACACCAGCUACCUGGACUCCAUCUCCACCAGCAGCGGCAGCAAGACAGUCAUCAGCGCCACCGUGGUGAAGAUCCGGGCGACGGCCAAUCUUGUAACGUAUAUGCCCUCAUCCAAGGGCUCCACGCGCUCGUUGUCGUGUGGAUGCAGCAGUGCCAGCUGCUGCUCUGUGACUACCUAUGAGAAGGACAGCCAGAGCCUCAGCCACAGCCAGGUGAGCGCCAGCAGCCCCAACCUCAGCUAUGCCGGGCCCCCCACCCCUAUGGUCAGCAACCAUGAAGCAUUAAGCGCCCCGAGUCUCACCCCGGGCACCCCGAAGGCCCUGUCAGCGUUGAGGGUCAUCCACCCAAAUGAGCUGGCCAAACGGAUGACCUGCUGCCCCAUGGGACAUCCUGUAGGGCCCGUGCCGGUCAUCAUCGACUGCAGGCCCUUCAUGGAGUACAACAAGAGCCACAUCCGGGGGGCCGUGCACAUCAACUGCUCCGACAAGAUCAGCCGGCGGCGGCUGCAGCAGGGCAAGAUCACUGUGCUGGACCUCAUCUCCUGCCGCGAGGGCAAGGACUCUUAUAAGGGCAUCUUCUCCAAAGAGAUUGUGGUUUACGACGAGAGCACCACGGACCCCAACAGGCUGACGUUCUCUCAGCCGCUGCAUGUGGUCCUGGAGUCACUGAGGAGGGAGGGCAAGGACCCCAUCAUCCUCAAAGGAGGCCUUAGCUGCUUCAGACAGAGCCACGAGAACCUGUGCGAGCACUCGCUGCACCUUCACGAGGGCUUGGACACCGGUGCAGCUGCUGGCCUGACGGGGUCGCUACCUCACUCCCUGCCCUCUACCCCGGACAUAGAGAACGCAGAGCUGACACCAAUCCUGCCCUUCCUCUACCUGGGGAACGAGCACGACGCUCAGGACAUCAACCUGCUGCAGCGCUACAACAUCGGCUACAUCCUCAAUGUGACCACCCACCUGCCGCUCUACCACUACGACACGGGCCUCUUUGUCUACAAGCGCCUCCCCGCCACAGACAGCAACAAGCAGAACCUGCGACAGUACUUCGAAGAGGCGUUUGAAUUCAUCGAGGAAGCACAUCAAGCAGGUAUGGGCCUUCUGAUCCACUGCCAGGCAGGCGUGUCUCGUUCAGCCACCAUCGUGAUCGCCUACCUGAUGAAGCACACCUGGAUGACCAUGACAGACGCCUACAAGUUUGUCAAAACCAGGAGGCCCAUCAUCUCCCCGAACCUCAACUUCAUGGGCCAGCUGUUGGAGUUCGAGGAGGACCUCAACAACGGAAUAACGCCACGAAUCCUCACGCCAAAGCUGAUUGGUGUUGAAACCGUUGUUUAAAAAAAAAAAGACUUUGACGCUCACACUCGUAACUCACUCUCACUGUUGUUUUUUUCAAGAGAGACCGGCUGCCUCUGUAAGCCGGGUUUUGUGGAGCGCGUGAGAGCCGCUGUAUUUCUUCUUGAAUCUCCUCAUGCUCAUCUUGGACUCUCUAGAGUGCCAAAGCUCUGGGUCAGCGGUGAUGAGAAAUGCCAAAAAUCCCUACUGUUUGGACCUGGCCGAAGUCCCGGAGGAGAAGACGUGUUAGAGCGAUAGAGAUAGAAGGAUUUAUAGAGAGAGAGAGAGAGAGAUGGGAGGCGGUCAGUGGGAAGCUUUCCAUUUGUGACCGCAGAGGAGCAAACAUGAGGGAAAAGAUACUCUAUGUGCUUAGGGGCAAUUACUGAGGAAAGAAACUCUUAAAGCUCACACUGUGGCACACACUUUAUGUUUGCAGACUCAGGCGGGGUUGGCCACGGCAGUGCCUGUCAAACAAAAAAAAAAGACGAAAAAAAAUAUAACACAGAAAACAAACAAACAAAAAAAAACAGAUAAAGACUUGUUUGGUGUGUUAAUGUUGUUGUUCUAUUUUUAUACAGGGGGGUUUAUGGGGGGGUGACCAUGACGAGCCCACGGCGGCUUACUGUGCAAUAAUUUCAGAGUGGAAUGCAACUGAGACCUUAUGAUCUUAUGUGUAUAUAUCGGUGAUGAUGACGAUUACGAAAAACAUUUCCAGCUCUUUGCUGAAAUGCCAUUUUUGAUGUUGAUGUAAUUACCUGUCGUUCAGUUCUAUAUGUUCAUGGUGCGCACAGUUCAUGCUGUAAUAUUUGACGCAGAUGUGUAUACAAAAAAAAAAAAGCGGGGUUUUAUUUUUGGAGUGCAGCUUGUUGGUUUAUGUCCGUCGUCAAAUUUUCGUGUGUUUGCUUCUUCGUUUUUUUGCCAUUCCUGCAUCCACAUAUGCAUAUAUUUUAGCAAUAUAUAUAUAUAUAUAUAUAUAUAUAUAUAUUUUACCAGACAGCCAUAAGAGUUAGUUUUUUUCAGACACGGCUGCUGGCAGAGGAAAGAACACUUUGAAAUAAUCAGUGAAUAUUGUAACACAGGGCUACUGGUGAUGUUUAAUGUAACAGAACGGAGGAAUUUCACUGCCUACUUCUGUUGUCUCCUCUGUUCUUUUUGCUCCCAUUCAUCCAUGAGCCAGCUCUGUUUUUAAAUGCACUCUACUGUGUCCCUAUGUAGCUUACAUGUAUGUGUGUGUGAGUGUGUGUGUGUGUGUCAGUCCGUUGUAAAGUAGCAGAGUUGAGGUACAGACCUCAAACUAAAACAUUCAGUUCCUCCCGUGGGUGCAGUGUGACGUUGGCGGCGGUGGUGGUGCAGGAAAAGCAGUGUGACCCUUUGUCUAAUCUCUUGCAACUCCCCUGUCGCUGACACUAAGCUACAGUUAAGUGAGCUCUCCUGCCUUUUGCAUAGGCAAGCGCUGCUGUCACGUGCUGUUCUAGUGCCUCUAUCGAUGCCUUAAUUUCAUGUGUCGCCACCGGGGCCUGCGCGUGGUACAGUACACGCAUCACGUGCAGGCGAACGUAGAAGAAAGAGGUUGAAUCCACCCCGGACGAAAGCCUCCUCUCGGCCUCUUGUUUAAUUUUUUCAAAGAUUAUUUCUGCUGUUUCUGAUUCAUGUGCAGGAUUUCAGAGAAUUGCAUCCAGAGAUGCUACAAAAAGCCUUGAGGUGAAAAUGUUUCCUUAUGUAACUCUGAGCUUGUGAUGCUAGAAUCUGAACACCAGUGAAUUGUAAAUCAACUCUGCACUAAACAGUAGUGUAGCAAAGAGCAUAUGCACGCACACAGUUUACCUUCAUCCCACCGUUGACUCAUAUCACAACAAUUACAUGGAGUUAGAUGUAAAGAGGAAGAAAAAAAAAAACGCUAGCGCUGCUUUUUCAUCGCAGAUUUUUGCGUUUUCAGCCGCGUCGGUUUUUGACGGUUUAAGUUCUAUAAUUAUAAAAAGGGAAAUUUCUCAGUAGCCAAGUGGGAUGCAUGUGUUUUAAGGUGUAGCUCGCUCACCUUUUCAACCACUUGUACAACACGUAGCACACGUUAAGAAAAAAAAAAAGACUAUAUCUUGUGCGCAUGACCAUGAGCUUUUAAACUAAACUUGAGUCGUCGUCUGAAAGUCUUGAAUCUCCCCCCCUCCAAAAGAUAAUUUUCUUUUUUCCAAACUAAGAAAAGUAUCUUUGUUUUCAGAUCACACAGCUGCACAUCUUUGAUCGGAUUGGUUUUGAUUUGAUAAACCCAAGGGCUCAAAGUUUCCGCACACAUAAAAGAGCAUGUAGACCUUUGACUCGAGUUUAAAACACAGAAAUUCAGACCAAAAAAAAGUUCGAGCUAACUUGACGCAGCCUCCUCGCAGAGUGCGGUUUCUGUUUCUGUCACUGUUCAUUUGCUCUUCUGGUUUGUGUUCAGCUCUCCAUUGUUUGCAUGAAAAUAAAAGGCUUAAAAUAAAGCACAGGGCUAACAAUAUCAUUGUCAAAGCAACCCUCCCCUCCCUUUCCCCCGAUACAGCCUCUGUGAAUCAUUACAUCUUCAAAAGUACACGCUGAACCCAAAAGUUUGUGAAACGAUCACACGUGUCAGGAGGACGAAGGAGGACGCUCCUUUUUCGCGACGCCGCCAUUCACAACAAUAAGCUUCAGAAAUCCCUCAUGUGAAAAAUCACGCUAUGCAAAAUGAAACUUGUUACAGGUCGUGUGAUGGAUAAAAUAGUUUUGUGAGGUCAUUUUUCGAGCAUGAGCGACAGUUUGCAGCCUCAGAUUGAAGUGAGUUUGUUUUUUUAGUUGUUUUUUUUUUUACGUGUGACGAAGAAAAAAAUACGUUUGUGUGACGACGUGCCCUCACUUGUAUUUCUGUUGCUGUUGUCAUUGGUGUCUACUGGUGCUCCACGAUAUAUUUGAAUAUGAUAAAAAAAAAAAGGUAUAUAAUAACAAUUUACAAACACGUUUGUAGCUCGUGCAUUUAGUAAUUACAAAAAAAAACGAGAGUGCUUAUAAUCUGAGCCAAUGUUAUACAAGAAUAAAACACCUUUUCGUCCCAUCUGCUGGUUCUUACAAACCGCAGCGGCACAUGGCUUUUGUAUGUAAUGAUCUAUUUGAUUGAACAAUGUAACCGUCGUACUGUACAUUACUCUCUGGUUGGAAAAACGAAGCAUGCUACGUUGCUCCUGGUCUGUGAGGGGACACUCGCAGUCGUUAUGGUGCUGUCUGUCUUUCCCACACUGCUCUUUCUGUAGAGGUCAUAGUCUUGAUUGACAGCUCCAAGAGGCAUCUGGGUAUCUGUUCCCUUUUAUUUGGACACACAUGGUUCUGUAUUAGAACAAUAUCAAGCUGUCAUAUUUGAUGUGCACUCUUUUACGACUAGACUUGUUUAAGAGUCUCCGCUUUGGGCUCAGAGGCUCCGGUGGAAAUGGGCUUCGCUCUACAAGUCUCUGUAUCUUUCUUUGUGUCUGUAGUCAACAGUCAAGUAUAUACAGUAUAUAAAUAUAUAUCUAUUUUCUUUGUAUGCAUAUAUUCAUUACUAUUUUUGCACUGACCUAUGGACAGAUGGAUUUAUUUUUUUCCACAAAGGGUGCUAUUAUAACGGAGGCCUUCUCCCACACCUUUUUUGCAUGACUUGCUCAAAGAUUCCUCGACUGGUCUGUCAUCUCUCCUACUCUUCUCCUACUACUCCUCUGAACUGUUGCAAUUGAAGCACUGUAAUUUUGUAAUCCCUACUUGUGAGCUUUGAAAUAAAACAGGGAGGCUUCAAGUUUG